CUUGCUUGUACGGUAACUAAAUUACAAGCGCUUCACUGCCUGGAUAAUCAAAUCAAUUGAUCUGCCAUAUCAUAUAGUCAGUCGCCUGGACCACGAAACGGGCAAAACGAUAUCUAUCGCCAAUUCGAAAUCCUGCAUGUCUGCAUCUGCUUCAACGAAGACAACACAAUCCAAUUGUGGUCCGGGCAGCUCCAUUGCUCAGGCGUAGGAUACUUACUAGGCGCACUAGCCUACCUACGUACCUAUCUACCUACCCAAACCACCUCAAACAAUCAUCAACAUGGCACACAGCAAAAGAAACACCAGCAGGGCCGUGUUCACCUCGUACGAGAGGGAGCUGGCCAAGGCGGCCUGGGGCUCCAACUCGGCCCGCCUGUCGCGCGAAUCCUUCCUACCCUUCGCCUCGUGCUCGCUCUGCCUCGAUGCGGCCGUCGACCCCGUCGCCUGCUCCGCCGGUGACGUCUUUUGCAGGGAGUGCGCCCUGAGCAACAUCCUGGCCCAGAAGAAGGAGAUCAAGCGCGCCGAGAAGGCCCUGCUCAGCGGCGAGAAGGAGGCCAGGGAUGCAAAGGCCAUCGAGGAGCUCGAGGCCCACGAGCGCGCUGUCAAGGAGUUUGAGCUCACGCAGGCUGGAUUUGAUGUUCCAAGCAAGAGCUCGGCUGCACCAGCAGGCGGAGGGGGAGGCGGGGGAGGAGGAGGAGGGGGGUCGGAAGCACCACCGUCCAAGGCGGUUGCGUUGUUAGAGGAUGGCACCAGCGCCUCCACGCAAGACAGGAAAAGGCGGUUCGAGCUCGACGAGGAUGAAGUGGCACGCAUCGCAGCCGAGGACCGGGCGAAAGCUCGCAAGACCAUCGACAGCGAAAAGGCGGCCAAACCGAAGCUGCCCUCCUUUUGGGUGCCCACCGUGACGCCAACGUCCAACGAGAACAACGUGCUACACGAGAUCAAAAAGGCCGUCAAGACGCAGCCCGUCUGCCCCAGCUCGACAGAGGACAACCCGCACUUUUACUCGCUGCACUCGCUCAUCAAGGUGAACUUUACCGACGAGGGCGACGCGGACGAGGAGCAGUCGAGCGGCGCAUCGAAAUCAAAGAAACGAGUCAGGAUAUGCCCGUCCUGCAGGAAGGGGCUCACAAACAGCUCCAAAGCGGUCCUGGCCAAGCCGUGCGGACACGUCCUGUGCGGCCCGUGUGUGAAGCAGUUCAUGACGCCGUCGGGCAAGUUUGAUCCGCACGCGCCCGACUCGGACCCGAAUGCCGUCCGGUGUUUUGUCUGCGAAGAAGACGUCACUGAGAGGAAAGAGGCGCCUCAAACCUCGUCUUCGGGCGACAAGAAGAAGAAAAAGGAGAGAAUUCUACCGGGUCUGGUCGAGCUUCGGAGCGAGGGCACAGGCUUCUCGGCAGGGGGGAAGAACGAAGUCAAAAAGGUUGGUGUGGCGUUUCAGUGUUGA